UUAUAAGUUUCGCGCCUUUGGUGUAAAGGAAAAUUAAAAGCACUGCCAUUGGAUGGAACCUGCAUGGCAAUUACCGAAAACUACUGCUCCGAAAUAUAAUCAAAUCGCAUUCACUUUCGAUCCGAACAAGGCAAAAACAGUGGCAAAUAAAAAUGAAAACUUGGUGUAGCCGCCGCAAGACGACAGAAAAUUGGAGUACGUGCUGCGAAUUUGGAUCAAAGCCCGAGACGCAGACGCGUCCAAAUGCUGGGUAGGAAGAGGCCCCAAAAAGCGAUGGUGUUGAUGAUGCGGGGGGCAUGGAGCUUGGACAAUGGGCUACCAUACGCAAUUGGUACGCAGUUCCCUCCACGGAGCACCGCAUGCAAAUUUUGCGAACGCAUCUGGGUAUAAAAGUCGUGGUUUUUUUGUCCAAGGUAUGUCAGUUCAUUUUCGAUAACCGACGGUGACAAUCGCACUAAAUCCCACCCAAGCCUUACAAUGAAUCCUCUGGCGGUUGUUGCAGUCCUCUCCUCGAUGGCCCUCUCGGCUCAGGCUGGUCUGGUUGGCGCUCCUCUGGCCGCCGCUCCUCUGGGCGCUCCUCUGGGUGCUCCUCUGGCCUACUCCGCCCCUCUGGGAGCUUCUCCCUACUUCGCACCGGCUGCGUACUCCGCCCCCCUGGGCUACGCUGCUCCUUUGGGAUACAACGCCCCUCUGGUGGCUGGACCUGCUCCUCUGGUAGCCAAGACCUACGCUGCCGCUCCCUUCGCCGCUCCGUUCGCCGCUCCCAUCGCUGCUCCAGUUGCCCCAGUUGCUGCUCGCCUGGCUGCCCCAGUCGCUGCUCCCUUCGCUGCCCCAAUUGCUCCAGUUGCCGCUCCCCUGGCCGCUCCAGUUGCUCCAGUUGCCGCUCCCCUGGCCGCUCCAGUUGCUCCAGUUGCUGCUCCCCUGGCUGCUCCCAUCGCCACUGAGAUCGUGGAUGCCCACCCCCAGUACAAGUUCGCCUACGAUGUCCAGGAUACGCUGACUGGUGACUCCAAGACUCAGGAGGAGACCCGUGAUGGUGAUGUCGUGCGCGGAUCCUACUCUCUGAUCGAGCCCGAUGGUUCCCGUCGCAUUGUCAGCUACUACGCCGACUCCAUCAACGGAUUCAACGCUGUGGUCCAGAAGGAUGUGCCCGUUGCUGUGGCCCCAGUGGCUCCAGUUCUGGCCAAGACCGUGGCUGCUCCAGUCGUGGCUGCUGCCCCCGCUCCAGUCUUCGCCAAGACCCUGGCCGCUCCCAUCGUCGCCUAA